GCCUCCCCGGUUGCUCCGCUUCAUCGGCCACAACCACGGCGAUCCGUCCCGCGGCGGCAGCAGGUGCAGCAAUGGCGCUCUCCGCCUCCCGUCCGCAGCUCCUCGUACGUCCCUUCCUUCGCGGCUUCCACGCCUCUGCGCAGGCUCUGGCGAGGGUGGAGCCGCACGAUUUCUCGAAGCCGAGCGAGUACCUCGGGAGCUGGGAGCCCUCGGCGGCGGGCGACCCCCGGGAGGCAUGGGCGCGACUGGAGCGGCUGCGCAAGGGGUACGCGCACGACGUGCGGGGUCUGCGGCGGCAGUACGCCUACGAGGUGCAGCUGCUAGAGGCCGAGCGGCAGCGCAAGGCGGAGGCCCGCGUCGAGGCCGCCCGCAUCGCCAACGAGGAGCGCAAGGCUGCCAAGGCCGCCGCCGCGCAGACGCGGGCAGCCGAACGACGCGCUUUCGAGCUCGAUUUCCGCCAGGCGCUUAUGAAAGAAAGAGCUCAGAAGCUGGAGAGCUGGAGGGAGAAGGAGAAGCUGAAAGCGCAGAAGAAAGCGGAAGACAGGGAGCUCUUGCGCAGGAAGAGCUCUAUGUGGGUUGCUGAGGAUAAACUGGAAACCAAAGUUCUUCAGGCUAUCAUGCAUACCACACCUCUCUGAGGUUGAUCCAUUCGUGCAAGUGUUUGGUCCUGAUGCUAAAAAGAACUCAACGAACAAGCACAUAAGCCACUAGCCAACAGAGUGACACCCAGUUAUCUCUGAUCUGGAUGUAACUGGAGAUGCUUUGGACACAUAAAGGUUAGACAGUCUUUGUGUUUUGUUCUCAUUGAGCUUAUGGAGGCAUGGAAACUGACAAAUAAAAGGGGCAGCAAUAUUUGCUCCUAGUGAUGUACAAAAUAUCUGCAUUGUGUGUAUCACAAGCAAAGGAUUGAACUCUUCAAAUUAAAGGCAUACAUAUUUUAGGGAGCGCAGCAGUAUGUAGUGUUGCGGUUAAAUCCAAGGGUUCAAGGUAGUUGUGAUGUAACUGAAAUCCUGUGUACCAUUGCAAGAGCACAAUUUGCUGUGAAAUAAUGCAUAACUUAUUGGUUCAGAGGACCCGAAUUUCAAAAUACGUUUUUAGAUGGCA